AUGCACACACCGAAAUACUCUCUGGGUAAUGAGGAUCUGAUUGAGCUGUCCAACUCUGGAGCCAGUGGAUCUCAGUUCUAUGUCUCCAGCGAUGAUCAGUUCCUCAUUAAGACUGUGCAGCACAAAGAGGCUAAGUUCUUACAACAACUACUGCCUGGCUACUUCAUGAACCUACACCAGAACAAGAGAACAUUGCUGCCUAAGUUCUACGGUCUGUACUGCAUCCAGGCGGGGGGCAAGAACAUCUGCAUCGUUGUCAUGAACAACCUGCUUCCGCACGCCGUGCGCAUGCACCUCAAGUACGACCUGAAGGGCUCCACCUAUAAGAGACGGGCCUCAGCUAAGGAGCGGGACAAGGCCGUGCCCACCUUCAAAGACCUGGACUUCAUCCAGGACCUGCCUGAUGGACUGCUGCUGGAGGCAGACAACUACAACGCCCUCAGCGAGACCAUCAAGAGAGACUGCCUGCUGCUGCAGAGCUUUGAGAUCAUGGACUACAGCCUGCUGGUGGGGAUCCACAACCUGGAGCGGGCAGCUCGGGAGCAGGCUGGAGAGAAGGCAGGAGGGGCUGCAGACCAGAGGAGGCCCCGUCUGCAGAUCCAGAAGUCCCUCUACUGCGCCACCAUAGAGGCCAUCCAGGGAGAGGUGCACAGCAAGGGAGCCCUGGACACUGAGGACCACAUGGGGGGUAUCCCAGCAUGCAACUCCAAGGGGGAGAGGAUGCUAGUGUAUAUCGGCAUAAUCGACAUUCUGCAGUCCUACAGAUUUGUGAAGAAGAUUGAACACUCAUGGAAAGCUCUGGUCCACGACGGGGAUACAGUGUCAGUACACAGACCAAGCUUCUACUCAGACCGCUUUCAGCGGUUCAUCUGCAAUACGGUCUUUAAAAAUAUUCCAUUGAAGACGUCCCCAUCUAAGAAGAGCCAAGUAGGGACCGAGGGGGGCCUACGGAGGGCCAAUACAGCCGGGUCCAGAACCUCUCCAUUCUCCCAGCCCAGCAGCAGCAGCCUAGGUGUUCCACACAGCCCAGAGACAGAGACAGAGGGACAGACAGAGACAGAGGGAGACAUCGACAUGAUAGACACCAGAGGUGGCAGGAAAUGCCUAAAAGUUGACAAGCCUGUUGCUAGCACUAGUGCUGACCCAAAGGCCCUUGAAGUCCUAAAGCUGAGAGCUGAGCUACAGGCAGAAAAAGACAAGAACAAUGUGCUGCUGGACACCAUAACCAGCUUGAAGGUCUUCCUCGAAAGCCAGCUGGCUUCCCUAAGAGGGUCUGACCAGCAGGAGGCUACGUGCUCAAAUCAGUCAGGGACUCCAGCAGCGAGGUUGAAUCAACCAGGGCACUCGUCCUCAUCAUCUUCCUCUGUCUCUGAGGAGGAAAAUCUACCAAAGCAGAAGAAAAAUAAAAAAUAA